CACACACACACACACACACACGCACGCACACGGUACAGAGGAGAGGGAGCAAACAGGACGCUAUCAUGACGCGAUGGCUUCAGGCUGGAACACAGAAACACACUCACACUCAUCGCCUGCAUCCCAGGAAAACAUGGCUGUCCUCUGAUUGAACCCCUCUGUGAACUAAACCAACCAGGUCUGCUGCUUUUCCCCUGAAUGAGACCUAAAGAGGAUUAGACGAUUUCUGCCUCACUAUAAUUCUUCCUGCUUUUUGAUGUUUCAAGAGACUUUUUCAUUGUUCUGGGAAAAGACAGCACAUGGAGGCAGGAGGACGUCUUACAUGGAAUAUUUGUGGAGUUUUGGAUGUAAUGGAAUAAUCACUGACGGUUAGCCCUUUUCCUCUUUGCAGCAGAGAGAUCAAGCUCCAACAAAAGUGGAUGAUUGUACACUAAAAUUACUGGUUUCCUGGAACUCUUCUAUGUGGAAACAUGAAUUUAGCCCGUCUUCUUUGCUGAGAUAAUCUAACUUUGGCAGCAAAAGUCAUGCCUCUCCUAAAAAGCAACAUGUGCCCAGAUCAUAAGGACUUCAUUUGAAUGCUUCCUCUCUCAUGCACGAUGGAAUAACGCGUGAGACCAGGGGGUAUCCAUAAACAGAAGGAGAACCUUGUAUCUGAGCGUCCGGCCCCUUUCCCCUGGCUGCAGCGUGGGAUAAGGGGUGCGUUCGGAGGUUCACCCCCUCCAGGCUGCCGCCCACAGAUGGAGGCCCACCAACACUCCCCAGAUAGCAGCAGUGAGGAGUGCACCGUCCUGGAGGCUCCGCCUGGCAAAAACACCUGCCCGCAGCAUGCGGGGAAGGUGGCAGAGCUGUUCUGUUCGGCCUGCGAGUGUGCGCUGUGCGAGGACUGUGUGCCGGAUCAUGAGGAGCACCCGAAGGUGCCCCUCAGCCAGGCCCUGGAGCAGCACCGCAGCAGCCUGCAGGAGAGGCUGGGGGGCGUUCAGAACAGACUCCCUCAGAUUUCAGACGCCCUGUCCUUCGUUAAGGAGAUCCUCCAACAGCUGACCAACCAGAGAGCUUCCAUCGAAGAGGACAUCCAGUCGAGCUUCGAGGAUCUGCACAAGCAGCUCGAUGUCCGGAAGAGUGUUCUGCUGAUGGAGCUGGAGGUCACAUACGGACUCAAACAGAAGGUUCUCCAGGCUCAAGUGGACAGCCUCAUCCGGGGAGAGGGGGACAUCACUGCCUCCUGUACCCAGACGGAGGAGGCCCUGGCUGGGGAAGCGUGUGCGGCGAGCCUGCAGGCAGAGCAGGAGCUGCAGGGGAGGCUGGGGGAGCUGGCCGGACUCGGCCUGCCAUGUCAGCCGGAGGAGAACGACCAGCUGGAUCUGCUGCUGGAGACCGACGGGCUGAGGAAGUCGAUACAUAACCUGGGGACCAUCGUCACAACCAGUGCGGUGGCGAGCCAGAGCGAAGCCAUGGGUGCUGGCCUGGAGCAGUGCAUUGUGGGACAUCCUGCCUCGGUCACCAUAGUGACAAGAGACAAGUCGGGGGGAGCCUGCAAGUGCGGCAAUGCGAUCCUGUCAGCUGAGGUCUUCACCCCAGAUGGAAGCAUAGUGGACGGUGAAAUAGUGGACCACAAGAAUGGGACUUAUGAGUUUGUGUACACGGUGCCGAAGGAGGGCGACUUCUCGCUGGCUCUCCGUCUGUACGAUCAACACAUCAAAGGAAGCCCUUUUAAACUGACUAUCAACAGGCUCUUAGAGGCAGAAGUAGAGGUGUCCCCCUCCACCACCACAGCAACCAACUCAGCAGCCUACGCCACCCCGUCCACAGGCUCCUCUGAGGGGGCAAAGAGACGAGGGAAGUCCCCCGGCCAGAAGAAAAAAGGCUCCAAGAGGGCGAGCAGCGCCCUGGGAACCCCACGACGCAAGACCCAGAACCCCAUUGAGGACGACCUCAUCUUCCGGAUUGGAACGAAGGGGAGGAACAAAGGAGAGUUCACCAACCUUCAGGGUGUGGCAGCCUCCUCCAGUGGCAGGAUACUGAUUGCUGACAGCAACAAUCAGUGUGUCCAGAUUUUCUCCAACGAAGGGGAAUUCAAGAGUCGUUUUGGCAUGCGGGGGCGGUCACCAGGGCAACUGCAGCGUCCCACGGGCGUGGCCGUGCAUCCCAGUGGGGACAUCAUCAUCGCCGACUAUGACAACAAGUGGGUCAGCAUCUUCAACAGCGAGGGCAAGUACAAGGCGAAGCUUGGCUCUGGUAGACUCAUGGGGCCAAAGGGCGUAUCUGUGGACCAGAACGGUCAUGUGAUCGUGGUUGACAACAAGGCGUGCACUGUCUUCAUCUUCCAGCUGACCGGCAAGCUCGUCACCAAGUUUGGUAGUCGAGGCAACGGUGACAAACAAUUUGCAGGUCCACACUUUGCAGCAGUGAACAAUAACAAUGAGGUUAUCGUGACUGACUUCCAUAACCACUCUGUCAAGGUUUUUACCCUUGAGGGAGAACUGGUGUUGAAAUUUGGCUCCAACGGUGAGGGAAACGGCCAGUUCAACGCUCCCACUGGUGUAGCUGUGGACGUAAAUGGGAACAUCAUCGUAGCUGACUGGGGCAACAGUAGAAUACAGGUGUUUGACGGCAGUGGCUCCUUCCUCUCCUACAUCAACACGUCAGCGGACCCUCUGUACGGACCCCAAGGUCUGGCUCUGACCUCUGAUGGACAUGUGGUAGUGGCUGACUCUGGCAACCACUGCUUCAAAGUCUACCGCUAUCUGCAAUGAUGGAGGCUUAGACGGAGAAAUGGAGUGGAGGAAGGGAAGAAAGAUGGAGGGAGCGGUUGUUGGAGUAGAGAGAUAUGGUGCACGAUGUCAAAUUCUAGGAAUUAUUGCAUGAACCUCUACUUUCAACGAUGGAAGGAGGGAUGGAGAGGAAAGAGGGGGAAGCAAAGAAGAAGAAAUAGCCAUAAUUACAUCAUUAGACCACAAUGAAACUGCAAUCUAGUUUUGACGACUUUUGGAUAAAGUAUCAUCAUAGUAAUCGUCAAAAAAUGAAACUUGGGAUGAUAGAGAAUGGUAGGACAUAGAUUGGCCUUCGAACUACAUCCUCUUAAAGUCUAAAGAAGGACGAGAAUAUUAGCAGAUCAGGGAGAAUAGAACGAUGGUGGAUUCAAGAGUUCGCUGGACCUCAUGCAAAUUUGAGAAAUAUCGCAAAAUGGGACCGAGGAGUGAUGCAAGGCUGGAGUAAGAACAGUUAUGCAACGACUAAUUCUUGAUCUCAAACUCUAGAAGUCCCUCUUUCUCCCAGCUUGGCAUUAAUUGAAAUCGGAGGAGCGGAUGCAAAGAAAAAGGCUUCAAAGAAAGGAAGAGCAAAUGAAGGUUGCAUAAGGAUAUGACGAAAACAUCUUCGGAAACCACUGCUUCCCAAACCCACAAUGGAGUGAAUGAUGGAUAAAGGCAUUGAAGAAGUAUAAAAGACGUGAGUGUAUGAAUAAAGGCUGAUGUUUUGGAGAGAAUUGAAUGGAAGAUAAAAGUUUUGUAAUGUUCUGCCUUCUCAUGUUGUAUGUAAAAGAGAAAAUAAUGGCCAGUGAGGUAAAAGAGGUCUACGUCUUAGUUUGACAUCAUUUCUUACUCCAGGUCAUUACCACAGACUUCCUUAUUGCUUUUUAACCAUAAUAUUCAAUUUGUGCAAAGUGGAAGCUAACAUUAGCUACCAACUUGAGAGGUUGUCAGGGCGCCCUUGAGCAAAGCAUUUAACUUUAAACUGGUCCAGCAGUAGAGGACUGCAGUUGUACUGGGAAACUCCCAGCAGUGAAUCUGUGUGAACUGUAAAUAUGUAAAUAUGCUCCAACAAACUGCUUAAGAAGGGGAUCCUCGCCGAGUUAAAUUGACAUUGACUACAUUGUUGAGUAAAGAUUAACUCAAAAUAUUCUUAGACUAAGACAUGGGCCACUUUUAGCAUGUUGUCCAUUGUUUGUCCAUUGUCUGAAAUAGGAAUGUUUAUUUAGUUUCUUGCUAUAUGCUAGUAUACUUUAUGUCUUAGGCAAUAGAUUCAACAUUAGAAAUGAUUGCUUGACUCUGACUCUGAUUGUCUGGAUGGUUGUUUCAAUUGGUUGAUUGACAUUGACGAGCAGCAUCAUCUUAUCUAUGCUCGGUUUGAGUCUUCUUAUAUUGUUCCUGAGAAAUCUGUUGCAAGGAGGGGAAAAAAGGUCUAUAAAUCCAUCCUAUAUAUUUGUGAGAAUACCUUUAAUAAUAUCAUGUAAAAUGUUGGAACCAGUAACGAUUUUACACACUUUGUUUCUGCUCGUGAGGCCGGGGGUCGACAUUCAAGAAUGUUUUCAUUCAUUUUUCAACAUUGCCAAGGAUUCUAGAAUGUUUUGAGAAUUCCGAGAAGUGCUUGUACGAUUCCACAAGUUCUGCCAUCACUCAUAACGCAAGCAUGCCUCUGUGUUAUGUGAUUGUUGACAUCAAACUUACCACGACAGACUUCAACUCUAAGCUCCCAUUGUACGAAACAGUUCACACACACCGAAGAAGAUUAACAGAAAUGUUAAGUGCAGUGAAGGACAAAAGAGAAAUGCGACAUUGCUUUUACUUUUGCAUUUACUUUUAGAAAGUACUUCUCGAUAGUAAUAAUAGUAAUACUAUUUUAAUAGGCAAAAAAAGCAUUUAAGUUACUCACAUCAGCAUUCAGUUAGAUUAAACGUACAUUGUUAUAAAACAUCUCUGGCUAACAGAUACUUGUGGUGUCAUAUCAAGUUCACACUUGAUAAAAUAGUAAACCUCAUGUAAGUUAUUACUUCUAUUUAUUUAUUUAUCUAUUUAUUUAUCUAUUUUGUCAUUUUAAUCUUUGUAACUUGCCAUUUGAUUGUGUUCCACCGUGUGCAUUGCAGCUCUUAAGUGCCCAUUAUAUUUCUUCUUUUUGUACAUUUUGUCUGUUACGUUGAAUCAAAAUAUGAUUGUUGGUAUUUGAUACCUUUUAUACUGUCUGUUGUGAGUGGACAAAUCUACAUUUCAAGUUUUGUUUAGUACAUUUUUUUGUCAACUGAAAGUCGUAAUGCUGUGGAGGGAAAAUAAUCAAGCUAGCCAGUUAGAAAAAACAGCUUGUUAGCAUUUCUGAUCAAAACCAAUGGACAAUGACCAAACCUGUAAACAUUGAGCUAUCCAAGUAAGGAGGUUUAUUUUGAAAAGCUAAUACUGUCUAUUUUGUAACACAGGGUGCAACUACUGCAGUUAAUAGCUAACUCGGUAUUUCUUGGCUGUUUGUAGCAAUUGGUUUCAAUGGUGAAUGCUAACGAUCUUCUCUUUUACAGAUAGCCAGGACAAAAACAGUAUGAUAAGUGCAUGUUCAAUAAAAAAUAAUAAAUCAAAAUGAAAGCUGUCAGAGUCCCGAAAAGGAGUUCAUGUUGUUUCCCUUAUUGUGCCGAUUGUCAGUCUGUUAAAAGUACAUUCUCUGACUUUUGUUAAAGCAUCAGAUAGUGCUGCUAAAUCUUCCGAUUUUUGGAAUUGUUGGCUCUCUUGAUUGUUUCAACCACAUCAUGUUGUGUUUCUUAAAGUGAUCCAGGCCUUGUUUGCUGGAGAUUCAGCCUUAACGUCAUUAAUAUGAAUGUUGUUUCAAAGUUGAUAUGAUGGAAUUGCCUUCUCAGUAAUCUUGAUUUGAAAUUUAUUGCGAGCAUAAGUAAAAGAGAGUUAAUAACCAUUUCAAACAAAUAGCUCAUUUGUAGACUACACAUCCAUUUGAAGGAACUACGUGCAUUUUCAAAUUAGAAAAAAAGAAAUUCCUUAGUCAACAGAAAAGGAAAAUAUUACAUUUGUCGUCAUAGAUAUUCACACAUGUGGCUUGGGUGUGUAUCAAUGUCGGUUUAUACCGUUAGAUCAACAUCAUUGCUCAUCAAUUUAGUAUUUUUCCUCAAAUGGAUAUGCAGUGUUUUGGAACACAGCUCUUAAAGUACCGAUUUCUUGCAGUGUCACUUGCCUGCUACUUCUCUCUUUCUGUAUUUACUAUCUGUCAUGUCUGUUCACUGUUAUGGACCGUCUCUUAAAUACUCACACACGCUCACCACUCAAAUAAAGCAUCCAUUCCUUAAUGGCA